GCCUACUGCAUAACCCAAUCGUCUCUUGUCUCCGCAUGGCUCCCACGGCUGCCGAUCCCACAGAGCUCCCGACCGAGGAAGGGAAGUCCCUGUGGGAGCUGGUGCUGGAGCAGUUCGAGGACCUUCUGGUGCGCAUCCUGCUGCUGGCCGCCCUGGUCUCCUUUGUCCUGGCCUGGUUCGAGGAGGGCGAGGAGACCAUGACGGCCUUCGUGGAGCCCCUGGUCAUCGUGCUGAUCCUUGUGGCCAAUGCAGUCGUGGGCGUGUGGCAGGAACGCAACGCCGAGAGUGCCAUCGAGGCCCUGAAGGAGUACGAGCCCGAGAUGGGCAAGGUGCUGCGCUCCGACCGGACCGGUGUGCAGAGGAUCCGCGCGCGGGACAUCGUCCCCGGAGACAUCGUGGAAGUGGCGGUGGGAGACAAAGUGCCUGCUGACCUCCGCCUCGUGGAGAUCAAGUCCACCACGCUGCGAGUGGACCAGUCCAUCCUGACAGGUGAGUCCGUGUCCGUGACCAAGCACACAGAUGCCAUCCCAGAUCCCAGAGCCGUGAACCAGGACAAGAAGAACAUGCUGUUCUCUGGCACCAACAUCGCCUCGGGCAAGGCAGUGGGUGUGGCCGUGGCCACGGGCCUGUGCACGGAGCUGGGUAAGAUCCGGAGCCAGAUGGCGGCCGUGGAGCCAGAGCGGACGCCACUGCAGCAGAAACUGGAUGAGUUUGGGCGACAGCUGUCCCACGCCAUCUCCGUCAUCUGCGUGGCCGUGUGGGUCAUCAACAUCGGCCACUUCGCCGACCCGGCGCAUGGCGGCUCCUGGCUCCGAGGUGCUGUGUACUACUUCAAGAUUGCCGUGGCCCUGGCUGUGGCCGCCAUCCCCGAGGGCCUCCCGGCUGUCAUCACUACAUGCCUGGCGCUGGGCACACGGCGCAUGGCACGCAAGAACGCCAUCGUGCGGAGCCUGCCCUCCGUGGAGACCCUGGGCUGCACCUCCGUCAUCUGCUCCGACAAGACGGGCACGCUCACCACCAAUCAGAUGUCUGUCUGUCGGAUGUUCGUGGUAGCCGAGGCGGAAGCUGGCGCAUGCCGUCUGCACGAGUUCACCAUCUCCGGCACCACCUACACCCCGGAGGGCCAAGUGCUGCAGGGAGAGCAGCCGGUGCGCUGCGGGCAGUUCGAUGGGCUGGUGGAGCUGGCGACCAUCUGUGCCCUGUGCAACGACUCCGCCCUGGACUACAACGAGGCCAAGGGCGUGUAUGAGAAGGUGGGAGAGGCCACAGAGACAGCCCUGACUUGCCUGGUGGAGAAGAUGAACGUGUUCGACACCAACCUGCAGAACCUCUCCCUAGUGGAGCGAGCUGGCGCCUGCAACGCGGUCAUCCGUCAGCUGAUGCGGAAGGAGUUCACCCUGGAAUUCUCCCGAGACCGGAAGUCUAUGUCCGUGUACUGCACGCCUACCCGCCCCGGCCAGGCGGCCCAGGGCAGCAAGAUGUUUGUGAAGGGGGCUCCGGAGAGUGUGAUCGAACGCUGUUCCUCAGUCCGAGUGGGGAGCCGCAGGGUACCCCUGAACACCACCUCCAGGGAGCAGAUUCUAGCCAAGAUCCGGGACUGGGGCUCGGGCUCGGACACACUGCGCUGCCUGGCCCUGGCCACCCGGGACGCGCCGCCGAGGAAGGAAGACAUGCAGCUGGAUGACUGCAGCAAGUUCGUGCAGUACGAGACGGACCUGACUUUCGUGGGCUGCGUGGGCAUGCUGGACCCUCCGCGGCCCGAGGUGGCUGCCUGCAUCGAACGCUGCCACCGGGCAGGCAUCCGUGUGGUCAUGAUCACGGGGGACAACAAAGGCAGGGGGACGGCCCGCUGCUUUGCCCGCGUGGAGCCCGCACACAAGUCCCGCAUCGUGGAGUUCCUGCAGUCCUUCAACGAGAUCACCGCCAUGACUGGAGAUGGGGUGAAUGACGCCCCAGCCCUGAAGAAAGCAGAGAUCGGCAUCGCCAUGGGCUCCGGCACAGCCGUGGCCAAGUCAGCAGCAGAGAUGGUACUGUCGGAUGACAACUUUGCCUCCAUUGUGGCUGCAGUGGAGGAAGGCCGGGCCAUCUACAGCAACAUGAAGCAAUUCAUCCGCUACCUCAUCUCCUCCAAUGUGGGCGAGGUCGUCUGCAUCUUCCUCACGGCAAUCCUGGGCCUGCCCGAAGCCCUGAUCCCUGUGCAGCUGCUCUGGGUGAACCUGGUGACGGAUGGUCUGCCUGCCACCGCCCUGGGCUUCAACCCUCCAGACCUGGACAUCAUGGAGAAGCUGCCCCGCAAUCCCCGUGAGGCCCUCAUUAGCGGCUGGCUCUUCUUUCGAUAUCUGGCUAUUGGAGUGUAUGUGGGCCUGGCCACCGUGGCUGCUGCCACCUGGUGGUUCCUGUAUGAUGCCGACGGACCUCACAUCACCUUCUACCAGCUGAGGAACUUCCUGAAGUGCUCUGAGGACAACCCGCUCUUUGCCGGCAUUGACUGUGAGGUUUUCGAGUCGCGCUUCCCCACGACCAUGGCCUUGUCUGUGCUGGUGACCAUUGAAAUGUGCAACGCCCUCAACAGCGUCUCAGAGAACCAGUCGCUGCUGCGGAUGCCACCUUGGCUGAACCCCUGGCUGCUGGCAGCUGUGAUCAUGUCCAUGGCCCUGCACUUCCUCAUCCUGCUCGUGCCGCCCCUGCCUCUCAUUUUCCAGGUGACCCCACUGAGUGGGCGCCAGUGGGGGGUGGUGCUGCAGAUCUCUCUGCCCGUCAUCCUGCUUGAUGAGGCCCUCAAGUACCUGUCCCGGCACCACGAAGAAAAGGAGCGGAAGUGAGCGCAGGGGCGGACGGGGUCUCCAGCGUGUACCCAUCCUGAUG